AUGGUCCCGGGACAGGCCCAGCCCCAGAGCCCAGAGAUGCUGCUGUUACCCCUGCUGCUGCUACCCCUGCUGCUGCCCGUGCUGGGGGCGGGGUCCCUGAACAAGGAUCCCAGUUACAGUCUUCAAGUGCAGAGGCAGGUGCCGGUGCCGGAGGGCCUGUGUGUCAUCGUGUCUUGCAACCUCUCCUACCCCCGGGAUGGCUGGGACGAGUCUACUGCUGCUUAUGGCUACUGGUUCAAAGGACGGACCAGCCCAAAGACGGGUGCUCCUGUGGCCACAAACAACCAGAGUCGAGAGGUGGAAAUGAGCACCCGGGACCGAUUCCAGCUCACUGGGGAUCCCGGCAAGGGGAGCUGCUCCUUGGUGAUCAGAGACGCGCAGAGGGAGGAUGAGGCAUGGUACUUCUUUAGGGUGGAGAGAGGAAGCCGUGUGAGACAUAGUUUCGUGAACAAUGCGUUCUUUCUAAAAGUAACAGCCCUGACUCAGAAGCCUGAUGUCUACAUCCCCGAGACCCUGGAGCCCGGGCAGCCGGUGACGGUCAUCUGUGUGUUUAACUGGGCUUUCAAGAAAUGUCCAGCCCCUUCUUUCUCCUGGACGGGGGCUGCCCUCUCCCCCAGAAGAACCAGACCAAGCACCUCCCACUUCUCAGUGCUCAGCUUCACACCCAGCCCCCAGGACCACGACACCGACCUCACCUGCCAUGUGGACUUCUCCAGAAAGGGUGUGAGCGCACAGAGGACCGUCCGACUCCGUGUGGCCUACGCCCCCAAAGACCUUAUUAUCAGCAUUUCACAUGACGACACGUCAGCCCUGGAACUCCAGGAAAACGUCAUAUAUCUGGAAGUUCAGAAAGGCCAGUUCCUGCGGCUCCUCUGUGCUGCUGACAGCCAGCCCCCUGCCACGCUGAGCUGGGUCCUGCAGGACAGAGUCCUCUCCUCGUCCCACCCCUGGGGCCCCAGAACCCUGGGGCUGGAGCUGCGUGGGGUAAAGGCCGGGGAUUCAGGGCGCUACACCUGCCGAGCGGAGAACAGGCUUGGCUCCCAGCAGCGAGCCCUGGACCUCUCUGUGCAGUAUCCUCCAGAGAACCUGAGAGUGAUGGCUUCCCAAGCAAACAGGACAGACCUGGAAAACCUCGGGAACGGCACAUCCCUCCCGGUCUUGGAGGGCCAAAGCCUGCGCCUGGUCUGUGUCACCCACAGCAGCCCCCCAGCCAGGCUGAGCUGGACCCGGUGGGGACAGACCGUGGGCCCCUCCCAGCCCUCAGACCCCGGAGUCCUGGAGCUGCCACGCAUUCAAAUGGAGCACGAAGGAGAGUUCACCUGCCACGCUCAGCACCCACUGGGCUCCCAGCACGUCUCUCUCAGCCUCUCCGUGCACUACCCUCCACAGCUGCUGGGCCCCUCCUGCUCCUGGGAGGCUGAGGGUCUGCACUGCAGCUGCUCCUCCCAGGCCAGCCCGGCCCCCUCUCUGCGCUGGUGGCUUGGGGAGGAGCUGCUGGAGGGGAACAGCAGUCAGGGCUCCUUCGAGGUCACCCCCAGCUCAGCCGGGCCCUGGGCCAACAGCUCCCUGAGCCUCCAUGGAGGGCUCAGCUCCGGCCUCAGGCUCAGCUGUGAGGCCUGGAACGUCCACGGGGCCCAGAGUGGCUCUGUCUUCCAGCUGCUACCAGGGAAGCUGGAGCAUGGGGGAGGACUUGGCCUGGGGGCUGCCCUGGGAGCUGGCGUCGCUGCCCUGCUCGCUUUCUGUUCCUGCCUCGUCAUCUUCAGGGUGAAGACCUGCAGGAAGGAAGCUCGCAAGAGGGCAGCAGCUGAGCAGGACGUGCCCUCCACCCUGGGGCCCAUCUCCCAGGGUCACCAGCAUGAAUGCUCGGCAGGCAGCUCCCAAGACCACCCGCUCCCAGGUGCAGCCACCCGCACCCCGGGGAAGGGGGAAGAGCAGGAGCUCCACUAUGCCUCCCUCAGCUUCCAGGGCCUGAGGCUCUGGGAGCCUGCGGACCAGGAGGCCCCCAGCACCACCGAGUACUCGGAGAUCAAGAUCCACACGGGGCAGCCCCUGAGGGGCCCAGGCUUUGGGCUUCAGUUGGAGAGGGAGAUGUCAGGGAUGGUUCCAAAGUGAAGAGGUCUCCAUGGAAACAGGACACCAGCAAGUGUGUGGGAGUCGCACUGGUGUGACGGCCAGAACUGGACUCAGAUUUCAGCCCCAUCCCCAAUGAAGAGCUUGAGUUUGAAGAUUAUACUUUUUUUGAGACAGGGUCUGACUCUGUCCUCCAGGCCAGAGUCCAGUGGUGCAAUCUCAGCUGACUGUAGCCUCAACCUGCCAGGUUGAAGUGAUCCUCCCAUUUCAGCCUCCCAAGUAGCUGGGACUACAAUUGUGAGCCACCAUGCCAGGCUCAUUGUUAUAUUUUUAGUAGAGACAGGGUUUUGCCGUGUUUCCCUGGCUAGUCUCAGACUCCUGGGCUCAAGCAAUCUGCCCGCCUCUGCCUCCCAAAGUGCUGGGAUUACAGACGUGAGCCACCACAGCUGGCUGAAGAUUAUACUUUCAAUUCAGAGCGAGUUUGAAGAUGACACUUUGAGGCAUCGUGUCUAUGGUUCAUUACUACAGAAGCUUCUCUGGAUGUGUAAAGCACAGGAAACCAGGCAGAGGAGGCACAGGGUGCUCUCCAGAACGAGAAGCCAGCUCCUGGAGUUGUUUGCUGCAACUGCCAUUCCCCAUUGAUGACCAUGCUCUUCCUUCAGAAGAGGGAGAGUGAGAGGACCAAGUCCAAGUGGUUCCCAUUUUAACAUUAAAAAAAAAAAAAAGGCUGGGCAUGGUGGCUCACGCCUGUAAUCUCAACACUUUGGGAGGCUGAGGUGGGUGGAUCACAAGUCAGGAGUUCAAGACCAGCCUGGGCAAGAUGGUGAAACCCCAUCUCUACUAAAAAUACAAAAAUUACCUCUCCCUCUCCCUCUCCCUCUCCCUCUCCCCACAGUCUCCCUCUCCCUCUCUUUCCACGGUCUCCCUCUCCCUCUCUUUCCACGGUCUCCCUCUCCCUCUCUUUCCACGGUCUCCCUCUGAUGCCAAGCUGAAGCUGGACUGUACUGCUGCCAUCUCGGCUCACUGCAACCUCCCUGCCUGAUUCUCCUGCCUCAGCCUGCCCAGUGCCUGCGAUUGCAGGCGCGCGCCGCCACGCCUGACUGGUUUUCGUAUUUUUUUGGUGGAGACGGGGUUUCGCUGUGUUGGCCGGGCUGGUCUCCAGCUCCUAACCGCGAGUGAUCCACCAGCCUCGGCCUCCCGAGGUGCUGGGAUUGCAGACGGAGUCUCGUUCACUCAGUGCUCAAUGGUGCCCAGGCUGGAGUGCAGUGGCGUGAUCUCGGCUCGCUACAACCUCCACCUCCCAGCCGCCUGCCUUGGCCUCCCAAAGUGCCGAGAUUGCAGCCUCUGCCCGGCCGCCACCCCAUCUGGGAAGUGAGGAGCGUCUCUGCCUGGCCGCCCAUCAUCUGGGAUGUGAGGAGCCCCUCUGCCUGGCCGCCCAGUCUGGAAAGUGAGGAGCGUCUCUGCCCGCCCGCCAUCCCAUCUAGGAAGUGACGAGCACCUCUUCCCGGCCGCCAUCCCAUCUAGGAAGUGAGGAGCGUCUCUGCCCGGCCGCCCAUCGUCUGAGAUGUGGGGAGCGCCUCUGCCCUGCCGCCCCGUCUGGGAUGUGAGGAGCGCCUCUGCCUGGCCGCGACCACGUGUGGGAGCAAAGACCUGGAAUCAACCCAAAUGCCCAUCAAUGAUAGACUGGAUAAAGAAAAUGCGGUGGGCUGGGCGCGGUGGCUCACGCCUGUAAUCCCAGAGCUUUGGGAGGCCGAGGCGGGUGGAUCAUGAGGUCAAGAGAUGGAGACUAUCCUGGCCAACAUGGUGAGACCCCGUCUCUACUAAAAAUAGAAAAAAUCCGGGUGUGGUGGCAGGUGCCUGUAGUCCCAGCUACUCGGGAGGCUGAGGCAGGAGAAUCACUUGAACCUGGGAGGUGGAGGUUGCAGUGGGCCAAGAUUAUGCCACUGCACUCCAGCCUGGACAACAGAGUAAGACUCUGUCUCAAAAAAAAAAAAAAAAAAAGAAAAGAAAAAGAAAAUGUGGUGCAUAUACGCCAUGGAAUACUAUGCAGCCAGAAAAAAGGAUAAUCAUGUCCUUUGCAGGGACAUGGAUGGAGCCGGAAGCCAUUAUCCUCAGCAAACUAACACAGGAACAGAAAGCCAAACACCACAUGUUCUCACUUAUAAGUAGGAGCUGAACAAUGAGAACACAUGGACACAGGAAGGGGAAAAACACACACUGGGGCCUGUCAAGGGGCCGGGGGAGGGACGGGAUUAGGAAAAACAGCUAAUGCAUGCUGGGCUUAAUACCUAGGUGAUGGGUUGAUAGGUGCAGCAAACCACCGUGGCACACAUUUACCUAUGUAACAAAGCUGCACAUCCUGCACAUGUACCCCAGAACUUAAAAAAAAUCUGUGCUUUUGUUACUCCAUUCUUCUGUUGGUUUUUCCCUCCUUGCAUUUUCUUUUGUUACUUGAUUUGUGCAUUUUGUUCAAUUCUUUGUUCAACACGCCAAGAACCUGGACAACUCUCUAGUGACAGUUUGACUUCUGUGGAUUCCACGCAUCCGUGAGAUCGCACGGUAUUUGUCUACGUCUGAUUUAGGGUUAACUUCUGUUGUUGCAAAUGGCAGGAUUUCUUUAUCUUAUGGCUGAGUAGUAUUCAACUGUAUCAUGCAUGUUUUGUGUGUCUAUGUGUGUGUACAGCUGACCCUUGAACAGCACAAGUUUACACUGGGUUAUACACAGAUUUUCUUCCUCUUCUGCCACCCCUGAGAUAGCAAAAUGAG